UUGUGUAGUAUGUCCUUUUCUUCUGAUCCCAGUCUCAUAGUAUAUUUGCAUUCUGUUUUUUCAUCAUAUUCAUGCAUGUAUAGUUCUGUCUCCAUCUUUUAUUUGUUUUUUGAAUGAAAUGUGACUGGUGAGAUGUCUGGCUGGAGUGGACCUUGGACUCUGCAAUCUUUCCAGUGGAGAUGAGGGAAGAUGAUUGAAGACAAGAGAUAUUUUGAUGGCUGGCCUUCUGCAUACGGAUGGUUCUUCAUCCUUUCUGGUGACUCUUGGAAGAAGAACUAUCCUAAGUCUUCUGAAUUAAAACUGAGACUCAAUCUACAUUGAACUUCCUCAGAAAGGUAUGCUUUUCUGAGACAUCUCAGCUGGCUCCCUAAGAAUCAUGAACAUUGAAGCAUAUUUUGAAAGAAUUGGUUAUAAGCACUGUAGGAACAAAUUGGACUUGGAAACAUUAACUGACAUUCUUCAGCACCAGAUCCGAGCCAUUCCUUUUGAGAACCUUAACAUCCAUUGUGGGGAAGCCAUGGAACUGGGAUUAGAGGCCACUUUUGAUCAAAUUGUGAGGAGGAAACGAGGUGGGUGGUGUCUCCAAGUUAAUCAUCUUCUGUACUGGGCUCUGACCACAAUAGGUUUUGAGACCACGAUAUUGGGAGGGUAUGUAUACAACACUUCAGCAAACAAAUAUAGCGAUGCCAUGAUUCACCUCCUGCUGAAGGUGACCAUUGAUGGCAGGAACUACAUAGCUGAUGCUGGAUUUGGACGCUCUUACCAGAUGUGGCAGCCUCUAGAGUUAAUUUCUGGGAAGGAGCAGCCCCAGGUGCCUUGCAUCUUCUGCUUGACAGAAGAGAGAGGAAUCUGGUACCUGGACCAAAUCAGAAGAGAGCAGUAUAUCCCAAACCAAGAAUUUCUUAAUUCUGAGCUCCUGGAAAAGAAUAAAUAUCGGAAAAUCUACUCUUUUACUCUUGAACCUCGAACAAUUGAAGACUUUGAGUCUGUGAAUAUGUACCUUCAGAAAUCUCCAGCAUCUGUCUUUACAAGCAAGUCAUUUUGCUCCUUGCAGACUCCAGAAGGUGUUCACUGUUUAGUGGGCUUCACCCUCACCUACAGGAGAUUCAAUUAUAAGGACAACACAGAUUUGGUAGAGUUUAACACACUGAAUGAAGAAGAAGUAAAAGAAAAUCUAAAAAAUAUAUUUAAUAUUUCCUUGGAGAAAAAGCUUGUCCCCAAACAUGGUGAUAAAUGUUUUACCAUAUAGAGUAAGCAGUAAAAAUGGUCUCAUUAUUACUUCUGGUGCUGUAACUUUUUAUUAUAAAAAAAUUUAAACAUCUAUAAAAGUAGAGAAAAUGAAAUAAUAAACCUCCAUUUGUUUAUCACUCAGUUUAUCAGCUAU